CAUUCCCAUCCUCAACUUCAACACAACAGAACUUUAACCAAGAGCUGAACAAAAAGUAUCUAUAAAGUUGGCAGGUUGAACCGCACAAUGCAUCCUCUGAAUGACAGUGGCUGCGUGGAUGAGGAGGAUGUGGCGAGAGAUGAGACUCUGGCCAAAGUGGAAAUCGCGCUUCUCAGUGUCAUCUUCGUCACCGCCGCUAUCCUCAACACAUCCGUGCUCACUGUGCUGUGGAAACAGCGCAAACAGAUGUCCAGGAUGCGCCUCUUCGUCUUUCACCUGUGCAUCGCGGACCUGGUGGUCGCUUUCUUCCAGGUUUGUCCGCAGCUCAUUUGGGACAUCACGGAUAGAUUUGUUGGACCGGACCUGGUGUGCCGCCUGGUCAAGUACCUGCAAGUUCUGGGCAUGUUUUCAUCCACUUACAUGAUCGUGGUGAUGACAGUGGACCGACACCAAGCUGUCUGCAACCCAAUGGUGAAGUUCCAGCGGGCGCGCACAAGACUGAACAUCCCAGUAUGCGUCGCCUGGGGGAUUUCUCUGCUGGGCAGCCUGCCACAGGUUUUCAUCUUCUCACAGGUCGAAGUUGCACACGGUGUGUUAGACUGCUGGGCCACAUUUAUCCAGCCAUGGGGGCUGCAGACUUACAUAACCUGGACCACGCUGGUUAUUUUCAUUUUGCCUGUUAUUGCGAUUAUUGUGUGCCAAGUACGCAUCUUCUGCGCCAUACACAACAAUCUGUAUCAGAAGACCAAGCAGGGAGGCAAUGCGGGUUUCCCGCUUCCGUCCAGAGCCAGCAGUGUGGCCGGCAUGUCCAGAGCCAGGGUCAAGACGAUUAAGAUGACUGUGUUUAUUGUACUGGCUUAUAUUGUGUGCUGGGCUCCCUUCUUCACUGUCCAGCUUUGGUCCGCCUGGGACCCUCAUGCGCCAAAAGAAACAGCGACAUUCACCAUCCUGAUGUUGCUGGCCAGUCUGAACAGCUGUGCGAACCCCUGCAUUUAUCUUCUGUUCAGCGGCCAGUUUCCGAAAAGGCUGGUUUCACUCUUAUCUCGACGGUGGUCCAAGGAUCCAAUUCACGAGGAGGCGACGUUAGUCAGCACAUUGUACAUGAGCUUAAAAAAUGUCUCUGAGUCCAGAUGAGGGCGAAACGUUUCUGGAAAAUAG